UCUCACCUCCCCCUGAACCAGUCAGCUGACUGAACCAAACAGUCUCCUGCAGGUCUUCAUCUCCUCCUCAUGCCUUCACACUCAGCCGUGAUCAUGAAGAAAAGCAAAGGUAAAACAAACAGUACUGCAGACAAGGAGUUUGUGUUUGAGUUCAGGGCAGGAAAAAACAAGUGCGUCCUCAAGGUGCCACUCCAGUUUCCUGUCCAUGUAAACAUCAGUGACCUGCACGGACGACUGAUGCUGCUGCAUAAAAUACCCUGCUACAUGGAAAACGAGCUAAAAGCCUCGCUUUCUUACUUUAUUGAGAGGGAGACCAUUCUGGAUUAUGACAGAGAGGCAGAGCUGGCCCUGCAAAGACUCACAGCAGGAGACGUAGAUGUGAACCAGCUUACCAGCGCGUGGGCUCGGUCGUAUGUCGAGACUACACUGGAACAUGCUCGUCCCGAAGAACCCAGCUGGGAUGAGGACUUUGCUGAGGUUUACCAUGAGCUGAUCCACUCCCCUGCCUCUGAUACCCUCCUCAACCUGGAGCACAACUACUUCGUUAGCAUCUCUGAGCUUCUCAGCGAGAGAGACAUGGAAAUUAAGAAACUACAAGAAAGGCAAGCUACAGAAAUGGACAAAGUGAUGCAUGAGUUGGGAAGUACCUUGAGUGACCAGGAUGUAAAUGCAGUCGCAUCUCAACACUUUGAUGCACAACAGGUCUUGGAGAACAAGUGGAGCAGUGAGCUCAAGCAAGUGACAGGCAUUCAAAAGCAGGAGUAUCAAGAGUGGGUCAUCAAACUGCACCAGGAUCUGCAGAAGCCCAACAACAGCAGCAAAAUCAAUGAGGAGAUUAAGGUGCAGCCGAGCCAACUCUCAGAGGCCCCGGAUUCUGGGACGAGAAUAUUUGAAGAGCAACCUCUGCUGGAGGAAAGCUUCACCAUACACCUAGGAGCACAACUGAAGACGAUGCACAACCUGCGGCUGGUCCGAGCAGACGUUUUGGACUUCUGUAAGCACCGGCGACACGGCAGCAGCGGAGCAAAGCUGCAGCGGCUGCAGACGGCCCUCUCGCUGUACUCCUUCUCCCUGUGCGGUCUGGUGCUGUUGGUGGACAACAGGGUCAACUCCUACAGUGGCAUCAAAAGAGACUUUGCAACCGUGGCAAAGGAGUGCACAGACUUCCACUUUCCCUUCUUGGAGGGGCAGCUACAGGAGGUGCAGCAGGUGGUGCUGUAUGCCAGGGCCCAGAGGAGUAGCAAGCAAAAACACCAGCCUGAAGUUCAAAGGAAUGGAGGUGAUGAUAAGAGCAAAAGCGUUGAAAGAAAUCCUUCAAAUAUCCUGCCAGGUGAGUUUUAUAUCACCCGGCAUUCCAACCUGUCGGAGGUUCAUGUCGUCUUUCAUCUGUGCGUGGACGACAACCUUCGUUCAGGCAACAUUACAGCCCGAGACCCUGCGAUCAUGGGUCUGAGAAACAUCCUGAAAGUCUGCUGUACGCAUGACAUCACCACCGUCACCAUCCCGCUGCUGCUGGUACAUGAUAUGUCAGAGGAGAUGACUAUACCGUGGUGCCUUAAGAGGGCUGAGCUGGUAUUCAAAUGUGUCAAAGGUUUUAUGAUGGAAAUGGCUUCGUGGGAUGGAGGAAUAUCACGCACAGUCCAGUUUCUGGUCCCAAAGAGUAUCUCAGAGGAGAUGUUCUACCAGUUGAGCAGCAUGCUGCCUCAGAUCUUCCGCGUCUCCUCUACACUGACUCUCACCUCAAAAGCCUGAUGACUUGAUGGGCACCAGUUUUGAUCCUCGGGUUGGGUGGACGAACAGAGAUGCAUUCAGCUUACUUUCUGGAAAUGAAGAUGACUUGAGAAAGGAAAAGUGGAGUGUUUGAAAUCACAGAAGAGGCAACUUAACUUGCCAUUUAAAAAAAAAAAAAAAAAAUUAUGGCACUUAAGGAUGACGUGCAACUAGGAUGUUUGACUCAUACGAGCUUUGUUAUUCUUGCACUUUCCAAAGCUACACAAAAAUAUUUCCUGCUGAAAGAGAACUGGAUUUUCUUGCUCACCAAAGCAGCUGCUGCAAUUAUCAUUUCAAGUCUCUCGGGUGUGGUUUUGGUGGCAGCAUUUUAUUACAUCAGCUGCAAAUAUUUCAGUUUUCCUUUAAAGCUGUAAUCUGUGGCUUUGUUCAUGUGCAAGCUGCAAUGAAGAAGAGCAUCUAGUGCUGGCUCUGUGGAGUUGGGACAUACUAAAAAUGUCAAUGACCAAGAAAGUUGGGAAAAAACCCCCCCAGGAAAAUACAGUGUUGUUUAUCAAUGUCAGUUAAACAUAUUUGAUCCAAUAAAUCUGAGAAAUGUGUGUAACUGUUUGCCGCUACCCAAACUUGUGAUGUGUUUUCACCACAAAUAAUAAUCUAGAUGAAUUUAAUUACACUAUUUUGAGAACAAAACAACAUCACAGAUCUUGGUUUUAGUUUUGAUGUAUGAAAAUCCUUUAAUCAUAUUUAUCUGAUCAUGAAAGAUGACAGCACAUUUCAACCAUGUCACAGAUUUACCAGUUUGAUUUCUUGCGAAAUUGGCCUCUUGUUGGGGGUUGGGAUUCCACAGAAAAGGGAUAUCCUAUGCACUUUUCUUUGGAAGACCCAACCUAAAAAAAAAAGAAGAAAAUCACAGACGGACGACUCGUUUGAGAGGCAACUCACUGGACAUGAUAAUUGGUGAUUCUCAUUUUAAUGCUGUAUGUCCAAGAAUCGAACCAGAGAUCACCAUUUGAUUUAAAAUCAUACCUGACACCCCCCCGGAAGAAAAAGAUUUGAAUAAUAUUGCCACACAUGCACACUUUGCAUAUUAAAAGAAACUUUAAUGGGUGUCUACUGCUUAUUGAGAUUAAUCUCAAGAUGUUCAAGUCUUCUUUCACUUCCCUCAGUCCAGCCAGUUGCUAAUGUUUAGUUUUUUUUACUUAUAUGCUUCACCGCUCUUAGAUUUAUAUCUGUACUUUGACUUUGUGUUUACAUUUGUAUUUUUUAAUAAAUAAAAAUGAUAAUUAUAUACAACAA